UAAUCACCAAGCUCAUACCCAAAGCCUUUAUAAGCAAUAAACAGAGUUUUUGCUAAGUUACAUAGUUGUGGUAUAGCAAUAUGGGUAUUUUCACAUACGAAAACGAAGUAACCUCAGUGGUUCCUCCAGCUAAAUUAUUUAAGGCAUUUAUUCUUGAUGCUGACAACCUUUACUCUAAGAUUAUCCCAAGUCAUCCUCAAACUGAAAUUGUUGGAGGAGAUGGUGGCCCUGGAACUAUCAAGAAGAUCACCUUCAGUCAUGGAGGGGAAUCGAAAACUAUAGUGCACAGGCUAGACAUAGUGGACGAAGUAUCGUUAACGUACAAAUACACGGUGUUAGAAGGAGACCUUAUUUCAGAAACUAUUGACCAAAUUGUUAAGGAAAUUAAGGUAACGGAAGGUCCCGACGGAGGUUCCAUUUUGAAGAGCACUAGCAUUUACCACACCAAAGAAGGCAACCAACUGGACGAGGGGAAACUCAAAAUCGGGGAGGAAAAAGGAUUGGCUCUUUUCAAAGCUGCCGAGGCCUACCUCUUGGCCAACCCUGCCGAAUACAACUAAUUAUAAAACCAUAUAUAUAUAUAUAUAUAUGAAUAUAUGCAUACUGAGUUAUUUUUACUGUGUCUUAGCCUUCUUCUAGUAAGGGGCAUGGAUUGUGUGUGGGGUUAAUUUCUAUGUUUGUGAGUGAAUUGUAUUUUUCAAAGGGUAAAAAUAAAAUUUUAUGUUGUAUUAUUAUUGUUUCUAAUAAAAUGAAUUGGUCUUA